CUUCUGAAGAACGUUUCAAGUUCCAAUUAUGAUUCUCUUACUACUGAUGAUGAGUGGUAUUAUUAGUUGGGCAAUUGCUGGGCCUGUUAAUUGGCUUCGUGAUGCUUUUGAUAAUACUCUUGAUACUGCAGAAGAUAUUCACAUCGAUCUUGAGCAUCUAGAGCACAUGAUGUACGGUAUGCCAAGUAAUAACACUGGCUCAAAAGUGGCUGAAUGGGAUGAAACUGCUGGUAUGAAUCCUGAAGAGUUGGGAGAGUAUGCAGAGGGUGAUAUUCUGUUUCCAAUGAUUAUGAUGAGGAGUGGAUUGUCGUCGACUACUGCUCGGUGGCCUGGGGGAAUUAUUCCGUACAUGAUUAGUCCAUGGUUUGAUACUACUCAAUAUCAAUUAAUAAUGGAAGCCAUGGAAGAUUUUCAUAGAAACACAUGUAUUCGUUUUGUACCGUACACUGGAGAUACUAACGAUUACAUUAGGAUUACUGCUGGCAAUACGGGUUGUUGGAGCAGCGUGGGCAGGAUAGGAGGUCGACAGGAUGUUAAUCUCCAAACUCCUGGAUGCGUAAUAAAGAAAGGAACUGUAAUACAUGAGUUGAUGCAUGCUGUUGGGUUUAUUCAUGAACAGAGCAGAUAUGACCGAGAUGAUUACGUUGCUAUACAGUGGCAAAACAUCAAACCAGGUAGUGAUAUUAACUUUAAAAAAGCUGCAGCGGGCACAACAGACCCUUUUGGAGUUAAAUAUGACUAUGGAAGUGUUAUGCAUUAUUCUAGCAAUGCUUUUUCUGCUAACGGACGUCCUACAAUUAUUCCUAAAGAAAAUAAGGGAUUCCUGGAUUUUUUUGAUAUGCUCCAAGGUCGAUCAAAACCUACACUUGGACAAAGAGAAGGUUUCAGUAAGUUGGACAUCCGAAAAAUCCGCAAGAUGUAUCGUUGUGAUUCGUCUAGAAGUUAUCGUCAAACAAGAGAGAAUUUAAGAUUCAACAUAUCGAAGAAUUUCCCAUGGUUCUGGUGAAGAAUUAUUUUCAAUAACUA